AGAUUCCAAGCGAGAGAUCGUCAAUCAGCUUCCGCCUUCUGCCCCAAUUUCCCAGUCCCCAUCCUCAAUCCUCGUUCAAUCGCAAGUCACUCCGCCAAAUCGAAUCUGUUCGUCGCGGUCGCCACUCGCCUGCUCGUCGCGACGUCACCUGCCGGGUGCUGUGCCACUGCGGACUGCGGUGUUGCUACGGUGCUACCUGGCACGUGCUGGCUGCUGCUGUUCUGCUCAACUGCUGCAAUCCCCAAUUCCCAAUUCCCCAUCCUCAGAUACAAUCUUGUGAAAUAUGAAAACCAUUCAUUCUUUCUUCAAAAGAAAGGUUGAUAAUGAAGAAAUUCAUGAUAAAAAUGAAGAGAUUAAACGGCACAAAGCUUCAACAAGUGAGCCACAACCACAAGAACAUGAAAAUCAACAAGAGAAUGAUAGGAAUGAAGCUACACAAUCAAAUCCUAAUGAGGUGGUCCAAGCGGAUCUUAAGCAACUAGAAAGAGAUUCCGCUAAAAGAAAACAAAUAUGGGAAUAUCCGGUUAACUUAAGGGAAGAAGUAAGACGAGCUUAUAUGAGCUUAGGACCUUUCCAAAUACAUCUUAAAGAAUAUCAUGCUAAAGGUUCAAAGAAACAUCCUCGUAGAUUUCAAUAUUCUUGGUUCAACAUUUUCCCUAAUUGGUUAGAAUAUUCUCCAACAACACAUGCAUCUUAUUGUUUUAUUUGUUUUAUAUUUAACGAUAAACCAAGUGUGUCCCAUGGUUAUGAUGCAUUUACUGUUAAAGGAUUUGACAAUUGGAAGAAAGUUAAUGACGGGAAAAAUUGUGCAUUCUUAAAGCACAUUGGUUGUUCACAACAUAGAAAUGCUGUUGCAUUCACUGAAAAUUUGAUGAACCAAGAAGCACACAUUGAAAAUAUCAUAAUGAAGCAAAAUGAAGAGCAAAUAUUGAAGAAUCGUUUACGAUUAAAAGCUUCGAUUGUCACAGUUCGUUGGUUGACAUUCCAAGCGUGUGCUUUACGAGGACAUGAUGAAUCUCCUAAUUCCAAAAAUCGUGGUAAUUUUUUGCAACUACUAAAACUUCUAGCAUCUUAUAAUGAUGAAGUUGCAAAUGUUAUAUUAGAGAAAGCUCCUUAUAAUUCAAAAUAUACUUCUGGAGAAAUUCAAAAAGAAAUUCUUAGUAUUAUUGCAAAUAAAGUUAGAAAGCAUAUUCGUAGUGAAGUGGGUGAUUCAUAUUUUUGUGUCAUGGUUGAUGAGUCUAAAAAAGAGCAAAUGGCGAUAGUUUUGAGAUUUGUUGAUGUAGAAGGGAUCAUACGGGAAAGGUUCUUGGAUUUGGUUCAUGUUACGGAUACCUUAUCAUUAAACCUAAAAACAAAUAUGUGGAGACAACUUUUGCACUAUCAGUUUGAUGUUAGUAAAAUCCGUGGCCAAGGUUAUGAUGGUGCUAGUAAUAUGAGAGGGGAAUGGAACGGAUUACAGGCACUUGUUCUUAAGGAUUGUCCUUAUGCAUAUUAUGUUCAUUGUUUUGCUCAUAGAUUACAACUAGCCUUGGUAGCUGCUUCAAGGGAAAUUAUUCCUGUACACCAAUUUUUCACAAACUUAAUUUUUUUAAUUAAUGUAGUUUGUGCUUCCAGUAAGCGUCAUGAUGAGUUACAAAAGGCGAAGGCAACUGAGAUUGAACAAUUAUUGGAACUAGGUGAAAUCGAAUCAGGCAAAGGAUUGAAUCAAGUUGGGACAUUAAAAAGAGCUGGUGAUACACGUUGGGGUUCUCAUUUUCGUUCUGUUUGCAGUUUGCUUAACAUGUUUGAUUGUACUCGUGUUGUUCUCCAGGGAAUAAUUGAUGACGUAUCUGCUACUUAUUCUCAACGCGGAGAUGCUGAUGCUGCUUACUGUUUCCUAAAAUCAUUUGAUUUUGUGUUUAUUCUUCACUCGAUAAAGGAAAUAAUGGGGAAAACUGAUGUACUUUCUCAAGCUCUACAAAAGAAAUCUCAAGAUAUUCUUAAUGUCAUGGAGUUAGUUUCAGCAACAAAGGAGAGUCUAAAUGAAUUCAGAAACAAGGGAUGGGACUCUUUACUUGCACAGGUAAAGUUUUUUUGUGAAAAACAUCAAAUAGAUAUGCCGGAUAUGAAUGCUCCAUAUACUUCUACUCGAUACCGGCCUCGAAAAACAGAUCAUCAUGUUACUUUUGAACAUUUUUAUCGAGUGGAUUUGUUUACAAUCACAUUGGAUAAACAGUUACAUGAGUUGAAUAGUAGAUUCAAUGAUCAGGCGAUGGAGCUAUUAAGUCUUAGUUCUACUUUAGUUUCAAAAGAACACCCUAAAGUGAUUAAAGUUGAUCAAAUUUGUCGUCUUGUUGAAAAGUAUUAUCCCGAAGAUUUUACGGAGCAAGAGAGAAUCCAAUUAAGAUAUCAAUUGGAGAUUUUUAAUAUUGAUAUGACAAAGAAUCCCAAGCUUAGUGGUGUAUCGACUAUUGCUGACUCAUGUAAGGGUCUUGUGGAAACUCAGAAACGUGAGACGUAUUAUUUGCUUGAUAGAGUGGUGCGGUUAAUCUUGACACUUCCAGUUUCUACCGCAACAACAGAGAGGGGAUUUUCAGCAAUGAAAAUAUUCAAGAAUCGUCUUCGCAAUACGAUGACCGAUGACUUUCUCGCAAACAACUUGGUGGUUUACAUAGAAAGAGAAAUUGCUGAAAACAUUGAUUCGAAGUCGGUAAUUGAUGAAUUCAAAGACCUUAAAGGUCGUCGGGCUGAGUUGUAA